GUGAUGAUAAAAGUCCAUCGCAAACUAUGCCGUGUUAAAACGACGUCGUUUUAUUUGCUCAUAUUUAUCAUUUGCGACGGUUUAAAUAUGCUGUCGCAAAAAGUGAAAAUUCCCUCACCCGCUCAUUUAUCCCAUUCGCGGUGAAAUUUUCCCCUAAAUCCCUAAAAUACUUUUGAAAGCAAAAUCCCCCAAAUCCCUAAAACUUUUGAAACCAAAAUCCCCAAAAUCCCGACCUCUGGGUUCCAGCAUUCAGCAUUGCUAGUGACGGUGAACGACGAUGAGGGUAGACGAGGGUGAACGACAACGAGCAACGAGUGGCGGCUAGCAGCGAGGGUGAAUGACGACGAGGGUGGACGAGGGUGAACGACGACGAGCAGCAGCGAGUGAUGGCCUUCGCAAACCCUUCCACUCUCAACUCCCUCCUGGGUAUAACCUCCAGAAGACUCAGGCCGUUCCAUAGGGGCGAAUGGCUACGGGAUGAGCUUCCUAACUUCAACAAGAAGGUAUGCAACAUCAAGUGCACGCUCUGAUGGUCUUCUUCUGCUCUGUGGAAGGAGGGAUGCUAAUAGUGUGCCAUUGGCAAGUGCAUAUGGACUUGCGAAACAUAGAGAUGGUCGGUGGGAAUGGGCAAUUGCUCCUGGUGUCUCACCAUCUCCUAGAUAUCAACAUGCUGCAGUUUUUGUUAAUGCGCGGCUCCAUGUUUCUGGAGGUGCACUUGGUGGUGGACUUAUGGUGGAGGACUCAUCAAGUGUUGCAGUCCUGGAUAUUGCAGCAAGAGUCUGGUGCGAUACAAAAUCUGUUGUUACUACUCCCAGGACAGGCAGAUACAGUGCUGAUGCUGCUGGUGGAGAUGCUGAAGUUGAGCUGACGAGACGCUGUAGGCAUGCCACUGCUGCUAUGGGUGACCUGAUAUUUAUCUAUGGUGGUCUACGUGGUGGUAAGACAUGAACAUGUGAUGGAACUUCAAUUUGUUGCAUUUUGUUUUAGAUUUCAAGCUGGCAAGUACUUUCUAGCAUCUGAUAUGGUUUUGCAUUCUGAUACCCCAGCAUACUAUGGUGGAUCUGUUCUAAUUCACAUUGUCCCAGCACAAUAUUCAUCUAUCCUGAUUUGCACGUAGUAAAGUGAUAUAGCCUUUCAAAGUGCUUGAAGUUGUUGUCUAUGAUGCUCAAUUGAUGGCUCAUCCUUCUUUCGAAAAAUGUUAUAUUUGAUCAUAGUUGUUAAAUA